GUGAGUUAUGCUCAUCAUAUAUCAACCUCGCUGACCCCUUUUUCCAUAAUUUCUCUUAGGUCCCCCGACUGCCGGAGGCACGCGCGCGCUCCCUCUUCCAGAGCAUGAGAUGGGGAAGGGGCCCUCCACACUUCUUUGAGGGCAAGCAGCGCGCUGGGAGGGGGUGGGAUGCUGGAUCAGGCUGAGACGCCGAAGGCAUACGCGCGCUGCUUCGGGCAAGAGAGCCGACGGGGGAGAGGACUCGCCCCGCAUCACGCCGAGUGGGAGUGAUAUGCGGAGGCACUGUGACGCGGGAGGGGCGAGAUUAUCGGAUUUUAAGACGACUUUUCGCCGACCCCGAGCCGCCGGAGGCAUGCGCGGGGUCCCUCGGCGAAAGAUGCGACGAGGGCAGGCCGCCCUCCCUUCCCUUCCUCAAAAACUGACAAACCGAACAUCACGCGACCAUUGACCAACGUUUUGGUGAGGUCGAGCCGCCGGAGGCGCGCGGGCACCCCUGGUGAAGGCCGCGAAGAGGGCGGGGGCCCUCGCUCUUCUCUCCGACCUGAGUCAGGUUGGGGGUACCUUGACCUUGUGUAUGAUGUCUUUUUGCGGAGCCUGAGCCGCCGGAGGCGUGAGGGGCAUCCCUCGAGGGGGGAUGCGACGAGGGUGGGGGAUCCCUCCAUCCGCUGAUCUCAAGGCCCCCCUUCGCAUGAUUUUGAGUGACUUCAAGCGUAUUUGAGAAACCGGAGGUGAGCGCGGGCCCCCUCGUUAAGGAGUGCGACGAGGACCUUGAGACAAU